ACAUAAGAGAUGUCAUUUAUAGUCUAUCUGUUUCUAUAUAUGGAAAGUUAAGAAAUUAUCAUAAUUAUCAUAUAAUAAGCAAAAAAUUGCAAUAGAAAAGAAAAAGGAGGGUUUGUAAUGAUUUUUAAAUCUUUUCUACUAGGUAAUUUAUUAUCUUCAUGCAUAAAGAUAAUAAAUUCGGUCGUUUUGGUCGGACUCUAUUAUGGAUUUCUGACUACAUUCUCCAUAGGGCCCUCUUAUCUCUUCCUUCUUCGAGCUCGGGCUAUGGAAGGAGGAACCGAGGAGGAGGUAGCAGCAACAACUGGUUUUAUUAUGGGACAGCUCUUGAUGUUCAUAUCGAUCUAUUAUGCGCCUCUGCAUCUAGCAUUGGGUAGACCUCAUACAAUAACUAUCCUAGUUCUACCCUAUCUUUUGUUUCAUUUCUUCUGGAACAAUCACAAAAACUUUUUUUAUUAUGGGUCUACUACCGGAAAUUCAAUGCGUAAUCUCAGCAUUCAAUGUGUAUUCCUGAAUAAUCUAAUUUUUCAAUUAUUCAACCAUUUUAUUUUACCAAGUUCAACGUUAGCCAGAUUAGUCAACAUUUAUCUGUUUCGAUGCAACAACAAGAUGUUAUUUGUAACAAGUAGUUUUAUUGGUUGGUUAAUUGGUUAUAUUUUCUUCAUGAAAUGGGUUAGAUUGGUAUUAUUCUGGAUACGUCAAAAUGUUUCUAUUCGAUCUAAAUCGAAUAGGUAUAAGUACGAGUACCUUAUGGCAGAAUUGAGAAAUUCUAUGGGUCGAAUCAUUAGUAUUCUCUUAUUUAUCACCUGUGUCUACUAUUUAGGCAGAAUGCCGUCGCCUAUUGUUACUAAUAAAAUAAACGAAAUGGAAGAAAGGAGAGAAAGUGAGGAAGAAAGCGAUGUAGAAACUACUUUCGAAAGGAAGGAGACUAAACAGGAACAAGCGGGAUCCACCAAAAAAAACCCUUCCCUUUAUUGGGAAGAAAAGGAGGAUCCGGACAAAAUAGAUCAAACGGAAGAGAUCCGAGUGGAAAAAACGUAUCCUUUUGAAAAAUCUCUUGUAACUUUUCUUUUCAAUUAUAAGCGGUGGAAUCGUCCAUCACGGUAUAUACAAAAUAAUCGACUUGCACGUUCUAUACGAAAUGAAAUGUCACAAUAUUUUUUUUAUACAUGUUUAAGUGAUGGAAAACAAACAAUAUCUUUUACAUAUCCACCUAGUUUAUUGAUUUUUUAAAAAAUGAUAGAACGUAAAAUUUCUUUGUACACGACAGAAAAAUUUAUCCAUGAAGACCUAUAUAAUUAUUGGGUUUCUA